AUGGUGGACAAGGACGAGGAGGUGGAAGAAGAGGAGGACCUGCCUUUCCCCAUGUCCGACAUGGAAAACAGUAUUCAUCGGGUCGUCAAAUCGCCCUUCGAACAGCUCCCCCUCGAACUCCUCCUGCAGAUCCUGUCGUAUCUCUCGGCGCAGGACCUCGCGCGGGUGUCAGCCACAUGUCGCUCGUUCGCCAAACACGCAGCCAACGAUCGGCUGUGGGCGAGCCUGAUCAACUCCUACCUCCCGGACAAGAUCAACGAUGCGGGCCCCUUUGACUCCUUCCGCAGUCUCUAUAUCGCCCACCACCCCUGCUGGUUCAUCCCGCAGCACAAGAUCUGGUUCUCGGAUACGGAGCACACCGGGAACCUCAUCCUCGCCCGCUACGACAACCGACGCGGGGUCAUCGAGGCCUACCGCGUCAUCGCGGAGAGGCGCACCAAUCACUUCCAAACCUGGGAGUGGAAUACGGACGUCAUCAUCCAGAACUUCCACCCCAAGGUCAGCCUCUGGCUCGACGACCCUGUGCUGUUUUUGAAGAACCAGCGGGAGGGUCGACCCACGCGCUAUCUGCAUGGCGAGACCCGGAUGCCCCUGCCUCUCGAGAUGCAGCAUGUAUCCAACGCGUUUCUACUCUGCUCCACCGAGCAGCCAUUGGACCCCGACCCCAUCGAGCAGUGGCCGCCACCGGCGAUCCCCAGCAGCGUUCGCGUCCACCGCGACGCCGACACCCAGCAGUCGGGAUGGGACCAGCCCCCGCGCCGGCUGACGCAGAUGUCAGAACAUGCAUUUCGGAUCCGGCGGUGGGCGCAUCUCCGCAUGGGCAUGCCCAUCUUCAGCCGGGGGGAGACCCUGUCGACCUACGCCACGCUAGACCCCAGCCUCUACACGCCGACCCCGGAAAAACCGUACCAGGGCAUCUGGGUGGGUGACUACGCGGCGCACGGCUGCGAGUUCCUACUAUUCAUGCAAGGCGAUCGCAGCGAGGACCCGACCCCACCUCCGAGCGAGACCGAGCCCCACGACGACGGCCCGAUCCAACGCGGCAGCCUCAAGGGCAUUAAACUUACGGGGGACCCGAACGUCCCCCGCGGCGAGAUCUCAUUCAUCUCCGACGACAUCGGCCCGGGAGGCUUCAUCCGGGUCGCAGAGGAAGCCCUCUUCCAGGGAUCCCGGAUUGUGCGCAGUAGGGGCCACGUAGCGGGUCUAGGUUUUCGAGAUGACACAUUCAUCGACUCGCAGCUGAUCCUGAUCUCCCCCGACUAUAUAGCCCAUUACUGGGAAGCCAUGGGCCAUAUUACCUAUUUCCGUCGCCUGGAUAUCGACGCGCUGAUUCGGACGUGA